CUCUCGACACAGCAGCAGCAGCGUUCUGCAAUGCGAGGGUCUCUGAGUGGUCAGCGCCGUACAACUCCACAGUACGAGAAGUAACCAGGAACGGAACGCGUCUGAGAGGAGAUGGAGCGAUGAACUCAUCAAGUAUGCAGAUGCUUGCCAAGAACAAAGCAAAACGUCGAGGCUGAUAAAUUAAGGUCACACUUUCUGGACUCACAUUUUGAGAUGGAUAAGAGCUGGACAUGGGAUGGAGGAGUCUGAGCGUCUGCGCCGUGGAGAGCGGAGCAUCAUGACCUUGUGGAGGAACCCAGCGGGGCUCACGAUGGGAGUAAAACUUCUGCUCAUGAUCUCUUUACUGCACAAGUUGUCUCUUGCCAAGGAGUGCGAUGACGGAUUCUACAAAUCACAACGAGGCAUCUGUUGUGAGCUGUGCCCUGCAGGGACGUACAAGGAGAUCGACUGUUUAGCUGAUAAAAUGAGAGCGGUGUGCGAUCUAUGCCCUGAGGGCAGCUUCAUGAACAGAGUCAACCAUGAAGAGAAGUGUGCACAGUGCAGCAGCUGCAGAGCAGAUGAGGAGGUGGCUCACGCCUGCUCCGUGGCCCAGGACACCGUGUGUCAGUGCAUGGAGGGACUCAAGAGAGACCCUGGCUCAGGGAUUUGUCUGUAUGAAGAACACCACACAGGAAACUACACUGCAGCUACAGCAGCUAUCGUAUUGGGAUGUGUCCUUGCACUGGUACUGUCUGCAUUGAUUCUCUCUCGACUUAUCAGAAAAGGGAAAUGGCUUACUUUGAAAAAAACAUUGGAGCAUUGUGGCAUUACCUAUGGAAGGGAUAAUGAUGAAAACGAAAAACUUGUUUCUGUUCGGUCAAAUGGAGUUCAGGGGAGCCAAGAGAGUGGGACAAUGCAUCUCAUCCGAGAGAACAAAGAGAAUCUCAAGGCCUGGAUCGGAGUAGAUCCCUCACACCUCCUGGAGCAUCUCAAGGACUAUAAGUGGAUUCCUCACCACGUUUACAACGCGGCCAGGAAGAGGCAUGGAGAUGAGUGUGUGAAGCUCAUACUGGACCACUUCUUUAACAAAGGAGAGCCAGACUGUAAGAUACUGUGGGAAGCACUCUACUUUGUGAGGAAGCACUAUUUGCAGCUGUGGAGGUGGCUUCAGCACCAAGGCGAUGCAAUGCAGUGCGUUCGAGAGAAUAAGUCAGCUCUGAAGUUGUGGAUCGGUAAGAACCCACAGCCUCUCCUACAGCAUCUGAAGAGACAAAAAUGUAUCCCUAAUGAACGCUUCACUAAAGCCAUGGACAUGAAUGGCAGCGAGAAGUGUGCAGAGCUACUGCUCGACUACUUCAUCAAGAGAGGCAAUGAUGAUUGCCUCCAGCUGCUGAUUUCUCUGCAAGCCGUGCAAUAUGAGUAUCCUGAAGUCAAACAGUUCCUGAGCUCUCUUGGUAGUACCAAAACAAAGAGCAAUGGAAUCAGUGUGCCACGUGUUGAUGUGGUGUCCAAUGGAGUUCAGAGUGACACAUUGAAACUCAUCAAAGAAAACAAGGAGAAUUUCAAGGAAUGGAUUGGAGCGGAUAUAUCGCACUUCCUGAAAUAUGUUGACGACUCACAUUCUAUUCCACACGAAGUUUACCAAGCAGCCAAAAACAAACAUUGGGAGGAAUGUGUGGAGGUCCUACUAGAUCACUUCUUUAAUCAAGAAGAGACGGCGUUGUGGGAACUGUGGACAGUUCUCUACCAUGUGAAGAGGAACUACGAGCCACUAAGGAGCUGGUUUCAGAAGCACGGUGAGUCUGUACGGUCCAUUGAAGAGAAAAAGUUGGAUCUGAAGUUGUGGGUCGCUAGAGACCCCCGACAUCUGCUGCUGCAGCUGAUGAGUCAAGGACGAAUUCUUCCUAAUAGGAUCUUCGCUCAAACCAAGGGCAUGGAUGCCGAUGAGAAGUCUGCAGAGGCACUGCUCAACUACUUCAUAUACAGAGGCAAUGACGACUGCCUCCAGCUGCUGUUUGCUCUGCAAGCCGUGCAGGACGAGUAUCCUGAAGUCACGCAGUGGCUGGGCUCUCUUGUGUUUUUCCAAAGGCUUUGCAAGAAGACCACUUUGUUUCUGAACAAGUAUACCAACUUUUCGCUGAUAGAAAAAAUCCAAUCCCACAAAUUGGAGCUGAUCGAUGCACUGCACUCCAACGUGAUACCCCUGCUGUCGCAACUACAGAGCCGAAAGAUAUUCACUGACAUCAAUCUGCAGGAAGCGAAAGAAAGGGAGCAAUGGCAAGGCAGCAAGAAGGCGACUGAAUACCUGCUGGAGCUUGUUUUGGUGAAAAGACAACAAAAGGUCAAGCAGUUCUGGGUGGUGCUGUGGGAACUCAGGACAACCUGCCCACACCUGGAGGGCAUUUUUGAGCAAUUCUAAUUAUGGAGCAGGGAAAGGUGGUGCAGUAGUUAGAGCACCUCGAUACCCACGGAAUUUUUGAACCCAAUGUUGUUCAAAUCUUUUUUCUCGCAUGACCUGUCUGUGGAAUUCCCCACCAUCUUCUAUUGUCUCAAGUUGUUGUAAAAACCUUGAUCAAUCCAUCAUGAGAGUUUUUGUACCCUCACAUUACAAAAAGACCAAUCACAUCUUAUUAACUCCAAUCUAUUGCACCUUCAGCAGUGCAGUGUGUUGCUGGCCAAUUGUCUUUUCAGAGAAUUCUUAUCUUUUUGUGCCUUUUGUGUUGUCUUUUAAUUUUAAAAUGAUGGUUGUCAAUUAGAUUUUUGAUCAAAUGGAGCAUUAGGUAAGAUGAAACAUAAGUUAACAUUGCACAUUUGGAAUGUUCAGCUUUGCAUUUCCAAUGCAUUUUGUUUAACCAGGUGAGAACUUACGAGACCAGAAUGAGUCUCAUUUGCAAGAGUGACUUCGGUCACCAAAAUGGCAAACACAAUAAAAUAAAACAACCACAACAGUGAAGCAAACAUAAAUUCGUGCAAAAAGAAAUGUGUUACAGAAAAGAAAAUGCAUAAAUAUAAAUUGAUAUUGAAUUAAAAACAUUUCCAAUCAUAAAAUUAGCUCAGAUAAAUCACUGUUAAAACCAAAUUGUAAAGUUAAGUUACAAAAACAUUGAUUUAGGAUGUAAUCAGAUCUGUAUCAAUUAUAUUUACAAGUGAAGUUUUCAUACAGAAUCGACAGCUCCAAAUCAAAUUGUGCUUGAGAUAGACAAAUAACCAAUUACAUUUUGAAGCAGUGGAAUUCAUAACAUUGACUAAUAUUAACUGUCCUAUCACUAUGGGAUGGAGUGUUGCCCCUUGCAAGUGUGAAUUUUCUCCAGGUACUCCAGUUUCCCACCACAUGCAUGAACAUUCAUUAAUUCUCUAAAAACAUUCAUCUUUGUCCCUGUAUUUGUGAAAUAUACAGCAUUGUGGGAUGCAGUUGCAUAAAGGAUGCUAUUUGUAUAAUCAUUAUUACUAGUAAUUCCAUGAAUUUAGGGCAUUACAUUUUUGUCAUAUGUUUAACUUCGGUGUUGUGGGGCACCUUUGACUUUGAUCUUCUGAUUAUUCAUGGUGGGAGGAAGUGACUAUUAAGUCUGGUUCACAACUGCUUCUACAACUAUUGCGACUUAAUGAUUGUAACAGUCCUUGUAAAAUAAUCACAAAACGCCUUUGUCCUCACCAUAUCGACCAUUAAUAUUAAACAAUUACAGAUCGUUUGUGGGAGGGCGGGCAAAAACCCCACAUCGCCGUGCUUAUGGUGAUGGUGCAUGGCUUGGAGGCGUACUAGGUGUAAAUAUCCCGGGUUGUUGAAUAUGUAGUUUUUGAAACCAGCUUUAUUGGGGUGUAACUCAUUCUGAGUCCU